AUGAUUAAUGCAACGCAGUCCUCCAACAAUUAUGAACACAACAGUGCGUCGAAAUUCAAGAAAAUCUCCGACUCCGUCAUAGGAUUAGAUUACGAAAACAGACUUCAUUAUUUAAUAGCAUUUUGUGCAGUGAAUGUCAUCUUCUGUAUCACUGCUUCCUUCGGAAACAUUGCGAUUCUACUGGCGCUGUGGAGGACACCCUCUUUACAUUCAGCAGCAAAUGUUUUGUUAGCAAGUCUUGCGGUUUCAGACCUUUUUGUAGGUUUGCUCAUUGAACCAUUCUAUAUAACAUUGGUUUUAACAAACGCAACGUUUCAUUCUCGAACUGUAAUAGUGUUUGAGUUUCUAAGCAUCUUUCUAUGCACUGCGUCUUUUACCACCACGACGGCAAUCGGCAUCGACCGCCUCCUCGCACUUCAAUUGCAUUUGAGGUACAAAGCUGUUGUAACGCCGCUUCGUAUCUCCUGGGCAGUAAUUGCAAUUUGGAUAAUCUCGGGUAUCUUAUCAUGUACAAGGCUGUGGACUAACGAACAAUUUUAUCCAUCUUUGUCUUCCAUAACAUUUGUGUCUCUAGCUGUAAAUUUUUUUGUCUAUUUGAAAAUCUAUCUCAUUGUUAGGCGCCAUCGAUUGCAGAUAGCACAUCAACAACGACAGCAGCAGCCACAACAACAACAGCCCAGUGAAGAAAACAUUUUUCGUAAAAUGAGGAAAUCUACCAUAAACACAUUUCUCGUGUGCAUUUUACUCAUUUGUUGCUACAUGCCGCAUUCCAUAAUGAUAAUGAGCAACGUUUUCCGGCCUAAUAUUCUAGGAAUAACGUCCAUGAUACUUUUACUCAAUUCGUCUUUAAACCCAGUACUAUAUUGCUGGCGAAUCCGUGAGAUUGGCACAGCGAUGAAGUAUACAUUUCGUUGUUGUUUUUGAUAACUUAAACAAUUUUGAAAGAUUUAAGUCCGGAAGUCUUCGGUAGUUAUCAGCAAAUGAAUUGCGUUCGCUAUUUAAGAACAAGUUGAAUUCAUAGUGGAUCUUUAUCGAAGCAUUCCAGCUUCUGGCAUAGUGGAAUCAAUUGUUCAAUGCUUCGGCUAAUUUUUUCACUAAGUUUUAGUUAAGCGGAAAAGUA